AUGAAGUUCGUCACCAUGGACAAUUCGAAACAGCCUCGUAGGGUUGAUCUCACCUCAAAACCACACAUUGCAGUGGUCGGUGCCGGCCUCGCUGGUCUCCGAUGCGCAGACAUUCUCAUCCAGAAUGGCUUCCAGGUCACCAUUAUUGAAGCGCGCAACCGCAUCGGCGGUCGCUUGCAUCAGGAGGUCCUCCCCAAUGGUCACAUGGCCGAUGUUGGGCCUAACUGGAUACACGGCAUAGAUGAUAACCCCAUGUUAGACCUAGCCAAGCAGACAAACACUGCUGUCAGCGAUUGCGAUUCCGUUUCUUGCAUUUUCAAUGAGUCUGGCGAGCUUUUGUCGCGAAAGGAUGGCGAAAAUUAUUCCGAGAUCACAUGGGAAAUCAUAGAGGAUGCCUUUGAGCAUUCUAGCAGCUGCUGUCAAGACAUUGGUUCCAACGAGAGUCUUUAUGACUUCUUUUUACAGAAGGUGGAGGAGAAGAUACCCAACACCGAGGCCAACCAUGAGACGAAACGAAGUAUCGUCAUGCAAUUAUCUGAGACAUGGGGUACUUACACUGGCGGUUCUGCUUCUGGACAAAGCUUGAAGUUCUUCUGGCUGGAAGAGUGCAUGGACGAAGAAAAUCUGUUCUGCGCUGGCACUUAUAAGCAGAUUUUAGACGAGGUCGCAAAACCCGCUGUUGAGGGUGCUGAGAUCAAGUUCCAAACCAAGGUGGACAAAAUAUCAUACCCAGCGAAUCUCGAGGAAAAAGUGAAAGUCCAAAUACAGCGUGGUAAAACAUUGGAGUUUGACGAGGUUGUUGUAACGGCACCUCUCGGUUGGUUAAAACGGAAUCCCGAUGCCUUUGAGCCUGCGUUGCCAGCUCGAAUGGUCAAGGCAAUCGACGCUAUUGGUUACGGAUGCCUUGAGAAGGUCUACAUUAACUUCCCCAAAGCCUUCUGGCUGGGAGGUGAGCGUGAUGAUAGAAAGGCCGAGGGCUUUGUGCAGUGGCUCUCGCCGAACUACGUUCCUGAUUUGAAUCCCAAGAGGUGGAAUCAAGAGGUUAUGGAACUGGCAAGCCUUGACCCAGAAGUGUCACAUCCCACGCUCCUCUUCUACACUUGCGGUGAGCAAUCGCAGUAUAUCACCGGCGAGUUAUCCAAGAUCUCAGAUCCGCAAAAGAAGGACGAUUUUCUCCUCGACUUUUUCAGACCUUACUUUUCACGACUGCCUCAUUAUUCGGAGAGCAGUCCUGACUGCAAGCCAUCCGGAUUCUUGGCGACAGACUGGCUUCACGACGAGUUUUCCGGCUUCGGAAGUUAUAGUAACUUCCAGGUUGGCUUGGAGGAGGGCGAUGCGGAUAUCCAGACGAUGAGAGAAGGUCUGCCGGACCACAAGUUGUGGCUGGCAGGCGAGCAUACGGCGCCGUUUGAGGCUCUAGGCACGGCGCAAGGAGCAUACUUGAGUGGCGAGUCGGUCGGGAAGAGAAUAGCGGAAGCUUAUGGCCAGGCCAAGUAA